GCCGCCCGGCCUCGGGAGGCGACACGCUGGCCAUGGAGGCGGGGGGCUGCCGCUACCAGUUUCGGAUCGCGCUGCUGGGGGACGCGGCCGUGGGCAAGACGUCGCUGCUGCGGUGCUACAUGAGGGGCGCCCCCGGGAUCCCCGAGCCCGAGCUGGAGCUCGAGUCGGCGCCCACGGUGGGCGUCGAGUUCUAUACCCGCACUGUGCAGCUUCAUGCUGGGCCGCGCGUCAAGCUGCAGCUCUGGGACACGGCGGGCCAGGAGCGCUUCAGGUGCAUCACCAGGUCCUUUUACCGGAAUGUGGUGGGUGUCCUGCUGGUCUUUGAUGUGACAAACAGGAAGUCCUUUGAACACAUUCAAGACUGGCAUCAGGAGGUCCUGGCCACUCAGGGCCCCGACAAGGCGAUCUUCCUGCUGAUUGGCCACAAGAGUGACCUGCAGAGUGCCCGUUGUGUCUCAACCCAGGAGGCGGAGGAGCUGGCUGCCUCCUUGGGCAUGGGCUUUAUGGAGACCUCCGCCAAAGGUAACUGCAAUGUGGACCUGGCCUUUGACACCCUUGCCAACACCAUCCAGCAGGCCUUGUGGCAGGGGGCCAUCAAACUGGAGGAGGACUGGGGGGGUGUGCGGCUCAUCCAGAACACCCAGAUCUCCAGGCUGCCCAGCAGGAUGCAACACCCGGGCCCAUGCAGGUGUUGACUCUAGGAGGGAAAGGGUUAAAGCAGUGCUGGUGGGAUGGGGAGUGUUAGUAUCUCUCUGGAGGCCAGAUGGCAGAAUCUAUUCAGACAGUUAUUACAAACCAUAUCCUGGCACAGUCAUGCCUCCUGGAUUUUGGGGUCUCAGAGCUCAGCCCCCUUUCCACCAGAAAGGUCUGAGAGGCCAGGUGCGCAGCUUCCUGUCCUGGAGCCUGUUUCCUCUAUGGUCAGAGGAGCGCAUAACAGACCCCAUUCAUGGGGGGUUGUGGGCAU